AUUGCGGUGAAGAGAGCCGAAAUUGCGGUGAAGAGCGGUUGAAAUUUCUUAUUUUUUUUGCCUGUUUUAAAGACACGGCUUCUGCGCGUGCGCCAGCCUGGGGACUCCACCCGAAGUUGAUAAUCCCCCGGAUUGUUCAGUCUAAAAACCAUGACCAGCCGACAAUUUAAGAAAGAAAUUCUCAAUCUUUCAAGAGCACUGAGUCAUGUCGUCGAGUAGAAAAGAAUAUUAUGCUAGUAGAGAUGCCUCUAAAGUGUAUUUGUUGGGUUCUUUCCCUCGAUGGAGAGCGUUUAAGGAGCAGCAUAAAUUGAGAACAGACAAGGAUGUGGCGGAUAUGCUUCUUGACAGCUAUCUUGCGAUGAAUCGUAUAGUUUGCAAUGCAGAGACGCAAACCGAAACGGUAAUGGAAUCAACGGAUAUGCCGCCAGGUACACCUUCCAAAUAUUUUUCUUCUCCCAUUAAAACCUCAACGCCAAGCGCGCACUCAAUCCGCGUCGAUUGUCUGCUUUGUCGGAUGUUAGAACAUCAUAUUCUAUCAGGUCGGGUCAGAGUGUGAUUUCUGACAGUCGAACAUUGACAGCCAAAGAUGAUAGUUCUGAUGAUAAAAGUGAUGAUGAUAAUGACAAUUUUGGUGAACACACUAUCCAGGCAGACCAGGUUUUGUCGGACUAUUCUCUUGAUGUAUGUCCCCCGGGUUUUGACGUGCCAUUACUGGAUGACUUGCUCAAUGUGACAAUCCGUGGACAUGAUGGAGAUGAGCCCACAGAAGAUGUUGGAACCCAACAACAACAACAGCAGCAACAUAAGACGACUCAACCAGAAUACAUCUCUACUGUGGAAGAAGUCAGUCCUGAAGAUGCAAUCAAGAAGGAAAAGUGUAUUGUGUUUACAGACACUCUUAUAGCUUUGAUAACAUCAUUACAUGGGAGUGUUUGUAAACGACAAGGAUGUGGCCGUGUGUUGAGCUAUAAGAAAACAUAUGUUGGAACAUGCCUGGUCGUAUCCU